UCAUUUUUGUAGACUGAGUUUUAUAUAUAACGAACACUAAACAGCCUACGUUUUACAAAGCAAAUGAGCGCCCAGUAAAUGUUAACUUAUCAUUAGCUUAAAAUUUUUACGAAAUGCUGUCUAUUACGGGCCCCCUUGGCCCAGAACUCCAAAAACUCUACCACUUUGUUUCCCGUGAGCCCUUGGGCGCCCGGCACCCACUGUAUCCCGUCAUGCCCUGUGACCCGUUGCAAUGCUCAGUCCCACCUCUUCCGGCGCAUGCCCGAUCAUGGCGCAGGGACAACGUAAGUUCCAGGCGCAGAGGCCGUCCAAGAGCAAGGCGGUGGCGGCGGCCUCAGAGCGGAACCGGGGUCCGAGGAAGGGAGGUCGUGUUAUCGCUCCCAAGAAGGCGCGCAUUGUACAGCAGCAGAAGCUCAAGAAGGGUCUGGAGGUGGGGAUCCGGAAGAAGAUUGAACAGGACGUGGUGAUGAAAGCCAGCACCAGCCUGCCCAAGAAGCUGGCGCUGCUGAAGGCCCCCGCCAAGAAGAAGUAGAUAGCCUCUUCCUCCACCAUCAAGACAAGACACCUUCCUAAGGAUACAGCAAUUGCCUCCAUGCCCAUACCUCUGCGACUAGCUCCAUGGGCAGUACUGUGCACUGAAGGAGCCUUGCCCCCCAGAGCCUUGGCUUGCCGCUUGCUGCUCAAACUUUGGGUAGGGGUGGCCUGGCCUGUGGGCAGCUGAUCAGCACAUCUAUAGUGCAUGAGUCAGCUUCCCAGGAUGCCUAGAACUCAGCAAUGGCCCUGAGGACAUGUUCACCAACUUUCUGUGGUCCCCUCCCCCUUCAAAUCCUGUGUCCACUGGUUUAACCUGGAGCAAUAAACCUGGCUUUGUCAUUCC